AUUCUCCAUCUUCAUCAAUGGCGGCAAAAAUUCCAACUUUUUCACCAUUUUCACUGAACACAAAAACCAAAAGCUCAAAAUCCAAAUUGCAUGUUAACAAACUCACCAUCAUAGCCUCCAAAUCUACUCACCCGUCCAUCGCCGGCAGGAAGCUCCGCGCGGCGGUGAUCGGUGGCGGCCCAGCCGGAUCCUCCACCGCGGAGGCCCUGGCAGCUGGAGGCGUCGAGACAUUUCUCUUCGAGCGCAACCCGCCGUCCGCGGCCAAACCCUGCGGCGGCGCAAUCCCUCUCUGCAUGCUCGACGAGUUCUCCAUCCCUCUCCACCUGGUCGACCGCCACGUCACACGCAUGCGCAUCUUCUCUCCUUCCAACAUCGCCGUCGAUUUCGGCAAAACCCUAAAAUCCAACGAGUUCAUCGCCAUGCUCCGCCGCGAGGUCCUCGACUCUUUCCUCCGUUCACGCGCCGCAUCCGCCGGUGCCACCGUCAUCUCCGCCCUCGUCACGGCCGUCGACCUACCUCCAUCGCCGACCGCUCCCUACACCAUACACUACACCGUACAGAACACCUACCGGCGGAGGCUUGCCGUCGACGUCGUGAUCGGCGCCGACGGAGCAAACAGCCGCGUCGCAAAAUCAAUCGGCGCCGGGGACUACACCUGCGCAAUCGCGUUCCAGGAGAGGAUCAGAUUGCCGGACGAGAAAAUGGCGCAUUAUGAAAAUCUCGCCGAGAUGUACGUAGGCAACGACGUAUCUCCCGAUUUCUACGGUUGGGUGUUUCCCAAAUGUGACCACGUGGCAGUGGGCACUGGUACUGUGCGCUCGAAGCAGGGUAUUAAGUUGCUCCAGAGAGGGAUCAGGGAUAGAGUCCGUGACAAGAUCAACGGUGGAAAAUUGAUCAAGGUAGAGGCGCACCCUAUUCCAGAGCACCCACGUCCAGUGAGAGUCAGAGGACGCGUGGCACUCGUUGGUGACGCAGCAGGCUACGUCACCAAGUGUUCCGGCGAAGGAAUAUACUUCGCCGCGAAAUCGGGCCGAGUUUGCGGAAACGCCGUGGUUAAGGCAUCAGAGGGGGGUCUUAAAAUGAUCGACGAACAUGAUCUAAGAAGGGAGUAUCUGAAAAUUUGGGAUGGGGAAUAUACUAGUAUGUUCCGGUUUUUGGAUCUGUUGCAGAGGGUUUUCUACGGUAGUAACGCUGCUAAGGAGGCAUUGGUGGAGCUUUGUGGGGAUGAGUAUGUUCAAAGAAUGACUUUUGAGAGUUACUUGUAUAAGAAGUUAGCUAAAGGGAGAGUUUUGGAUGAUGCUAAGAUGGUUAUGAACACUAUUGGGAGUUUGGUGAAGUGUAACAUUUUAGGGAGAAAAAUGGAAGGUUUGAUAAUUUAGAUGAUGAUAACCAUGUAACAACUUUGGUUUUGUUUCAUGAAUCUCUUUGUUAGUAUUUUAUCUAUAUCUUCUUGAUUUUUGGGAA